AUGAUCAUCACAGAAGAUAUCUUUGCAUGCGUUCGGGAAUGGCGCCGCAAUAAAUUGGCAAGUGCCUUUAUUAGUACGAAUACAACUACUAGUAAUAGUAAUAACACUAGUGCUAAUAGUAAUAGUAGUAAUAAUAAUAAUAAUGUUUUUGGAGAUGAGGAAAUGCUGGUUGUGCUAUCGGGUAUGAAUGUUGUGCCGGGAAAACUCAUUCUCACUUCUUCUUCUUCUUCUUCCUCCGAUGAAUGUACGGCCGCUAUUGAGAUUCAUUCCCGCUGCUGUAAAAUUUCCAUUCCUUUUUUAGAAGAAGAUCGUCUGCACAUUAUCCGUCAAUUACGAUCCCGGUCUAUUCUUGAUUCUCUUAGUGGUAUGAACAGCCGUUUAGAGAACUCCGAUGAAAAUAUAUUAUCAUUGCCGCAUUCUGAUUGGUCGUCUAAUCCUUUUCAUACACUUUCGAUGAAACUUCAUUCUUCUUCUUGUUGGUGGCGAAUGGGAGAUGUGGUGCGAUUAGCCGUGAAAUCUCCACGACUAUCAUUUGUGGAUUCCACACUUAUUCGCCAUCGCUGUGCUGCGGUAGUUGUGGUGGAUAAUUCAACUGCGGAGACUUCAGUGAAUAGUCUCACGGUGAGUGGAGUGAAUUCCUCGACGAAGUUAUUACUUCCACGCGGUUCACCGGCGUCGUUUAUUCGUUUUUCUUUACUUUCAUCUACACUUGCGUGGAUGCGGGCGUUAGUGGCGGAGUCCUCAUGUGGAUUAACAAGUGGAACACCAAUGGGUUUAUUACGGGUUCUUUUUGGUUUAAAAAGGACACGGUCUUUAGAAGGGGAAGAGAAGAAUGCUGGUCAUAAUCAUAAUAAUAAUAAUAAUAAUAAUAAUAAUAAUAAGGGUAAUAAGGAAGAUGUUGAGAAUGAUGACAGUGAUCUUGCCCCUUCUCUGUGUCUCUUGUUUGCCCUAUUCGGCUACCGCAUAGAACCGCUGACUCUCACUCAAACAACAACAGAUAAUAAUAAUAAUAAUAAUAAUAAUAAUAAUAAUAAUAAUAACGAUGAUGUUGACAUGGAGGAUGCAUGGCGACGGAUUGGUGGAAAUAUCUCGUGUUAUUUUUGUGGUCAGAAACCAAAGUUGGUGAUUGAAGAAGUCGUGGUAGAAGAAGAAGAAAAAGCAGAGAAAGAACCAUCUCAACAUCAAGAAAAAAAAGAGGAAGGUGGAGAAGAAAAAGAAGAAGAAGAAGCUGAGAAGCCAACGGAGUUAAGUGAACUGCAUAAAGAAGUAGUGCCAACCAAUGAGGAGGAGCCUACAACUACACCGGAGCUCACAUCUCCUGUUACUAUCCAAACUUCCAAACGUACAAGCGUACACUAUCACUAUACCAUUCAUUUAAGUGAACAGACGGAUUGCUCGGGUCAUCAUCACAACUGUCCAUGGCGAGUGCUCUUUCUUCGCAUAGUGUUGGCCGAUGUUCUUUCACCGGCAUCAUCGAAGGAAUUGCAAUUUAACAUUUCUGAUGUUAGUGCCUCUGUGGCACAACUACGUGUUUGUCUGCGACUACCAGAAGUGACAAAACUGAUGGAGUGUUGGCGCCGUAGUGUUUAUGCGGCCUCUGCGUGGGGUGAAGUAUAUACACAACACCCACUUCCCGCUGCUGUACGGACGGCUAUUCCACCACCCGCUGAUGUGAGAGUAGAGAAGUAUUUGCAG